UCCUCAUCUCCAUGGAGAGUGAGGAGAAGGGGGAGCUGGAGAGGGUGCUCAACGAUCUGGAGUCAGACAACAGGAAACUACAGGCGGAGUAUGACAAGUUGAAGAAGGCCCACGACCACCAGGGUCUGUCCCCACUCCCCUCACCCCCGGAGAUGCUGCCCGCUUCGCCCCAGAGCCCACGGGACGCCGAGCUGAUCGCUGAGGCCAAACUGCUGAGGCAGCACAAAGGACGGCUGGAGGCUCGGAUGCAGAUCCUGGAGGACCAUAACAAACAACUGGAGUCACAGCUACACCGGCUCAGACAGCUACUGGAACAGGUCCUGAAACACACACUGCACACACACACACUGUACACACACACACUAUACACACACACACACACACUAUACACACACACACACACACUAUACACACAGUAUACACACACACACACUGCACACACACACACACACACACAGUACACACACACACACUAUACACACACACACACACUAUACACACACACACACUGCACACACUGUACACACACACACACACACAGUACACACACACACACACACACACUAUACACACACACACACUAUACACGCACACACUAUACACACACACACACUAUACACACACACACACUAUACACACACACACACACAUAUACACACACACACACUGCACACACUGCACACACUGUACACACACACACACACACACACUAUACACACACACACACUAUACACACACACACACUAUACACGCACACACUAUACACACACACACACUAUACACACACACACACACUAUAUAUACACACACACACACUAUACACACACACACUAUACACACACACACACUAUACACACACACACACACUAUAUAUACACACACACACACUAUACACACACACACAGCACACACACACACACACACACACACUAUACACACACACACAC